GAACUCGGGGCUCUUCUCUGCAUACUUGUAGUGAAGUGAAGUUUGGGCGAACACAGCUAGCUGUCCCAUCGUUGCCGCAGCUCCUGUCCGGCUCUCUUUGGACAUUUCUGGCGCUAUGGAGGUGUCCUGGGUGAUUCUGCGUGUCCUGUCUGUGUUUGUGGCUCUGUUCUCGGACAGGUUGGUGGUGCUGGCUCGCUUCUCUCAGUCUAUGGACAGCGACUUCACGUUUACCUUGCCGCCCGGUCGGAGGGAGUGUUUCUACCAGACCAUGAAGAAAGAUGCCUCUCUGGAGAUUGAAUAUCAGGUCAGACAUAAUUGGGAUAAUACCGUGUUAAAUAAUUACUUUAAAUGAACAAAAUGUACUCUAGUUGUAUGUCUGUCAAGUAAUUACCCCCCUUUUGGAAAAGUCAACACAGACACACCAUGACACCUGACUAACCUGUUGAUUUUGCUCUAUAAUAACAGUUACAGUCAACCAAGCCUUUAGUUUUUGUUUGAUUUUCAUGCAAACCACUUUGGUGCAACGCCAUGUCAGACAAACGAAGUGUUGUGUAAUGACGGCAGCAGGUUAGGUGGCUCAACCUGGAUUUUCAUAUUGUUGGGAACCUGUUAUGCUGGAAAUGAUGCAGCUCACAGCUCAGAAUGAGGCUCUGAGAGAGAUUUUCUGACGUGUCAAGAUUUGAGGCGCUGUGAGAAACGUUACCAUUAUGUUAUUCAGCUGUUGUGUUGUCUAUGAUGUAUGGCAGACAACGCUUAUCAGUAUUUGUGCAGACCUUGGGAGGAGAAACUCGAGUUUGACAGAUGUCAAUAAAAGCAAAAUUGAAUGAUUUCAGAUUAUUAAGAGUCCAUACAUGUAUAUUUUUAUUUCAAAAGUGCCAAGACUAAAAAUAAAAAGGUCAAGUAAUCCAUCACAAAAUGUAUUCCAUUUUAAGUUUGAUGUCCACAACAUGUUUGCAAAAAGUAGUUCCAGGGGGUUGUCUCUCACUGUGAUCAGCUCUUCUUAAACUAAAACUCUGUAAGUGUUACUGAAGUGAACCCAGAGGACCAGUUUCUAGAGUUUUAGAAAGUCAAAGGUUGUUCCAUUCUUGCCUGAUACAGGAUUUCAGCUGCUUAACAGUUCAGGGUCUCCUGUUUUGUUUUUGUUUUUUUGCCAUGAUGCUCCAAAUGUUUUCAAUGGGUGAUAAUUCAGGACUGCAGGCAGGCCAGUUUAGCAACAGGACUCUUCUACUACAGAGCCAUGCUGUUGUAAUCCCUGCAGAAUGUGUUUUGUUAUUGUCUUGCUGAAAUAUGAGGGUCUUUCCUGAAAAAGUCAUUGUCUGGAUGGCAGCAGAUGUUGCUCCUAAACCUGUAUAUAUUGUUCAGUCUUCAGAGAUGUGUCAGCUACCCAUGACAUGGACACUAAUAAUCCCCAAACCAUCAGGAAUGCUGGCUUUGAGGUGAUAACAAGCAGGGUGGUUCCUCUACUCAUUAGAGAGGAGGAUGCAACAUCUAUGACAGAUUUUGAUUCAUUGGCCCUCAGGACAGUUUUACACUUCUCCCCCAGUCCAUCCUAAAUGGGCUCAGGUCCAGAGAAGUCUCUGGUGUUUCUGGAUCAUGUUUAUAUCUGGUUUCCAUUUUGCAUGGUUCAAUUUUAAUCUGCAUUUGUGGAUGCAGUGAUAAUCUGUGUUCACACACAGUAGUUUUUUAAGGGGUUUUAAGCUCAUGCAGUGAUUUCCACUCCAGAGUCCCCCUGUCUUGUUUUCAAUGAGGAUCUCUUUUAGAAUUGGGGUUAAAAUUAUCUGUCCACACAUAUGCUGCUAACAGAAAUGUGUUAUCAUUUUUAAUUUCCCUCUCUUGUUUCUCCUUCACCCGCUGACAGGUAUUAGAUGGUGCUGGUCUGGACGUAGACUUCUCAAUCUCCUCUCCUUCUGGCCAAGUGCUGUACAGUGACUACCGCAAGUCCGAUGGAGUGCACACGUGAGUCACACACAUGAUUCAGGAGAAAAAGCUGACAUAACCAUACAGUAUUUUUCAGCUCGCUCUGCUGGUUCUUCCUCCAGGAUUGAAACAGAGGACGGAGACUAUAUGCUGUGCUUCGACAACACAUUCAGCUCCGUCUCUGAGAAGCUCAUCUUCUUCGAGCUGAUCUUAGACAACAUGGACACUGAUGAAGACCCAGAUGACUGGAAAGAGUAUGUUCAUGGGACAGAUAUACUGGACAUGAAGCUGGAGGACAUCAUGGUGAGGGUCGCAUGCAACAUUCUCCACAUCUGGUUUACAGUCUGAGUAGCACUGUUCAGAAAUACGGUCUCAAAGUGUAUUUAACCUCACCGGUAGUUUUAGACUUUGUCCCUGUGAUUGUUGUCACUGUGCCACAUAUCCUCACAGUUUCACAGAGGAGCACAGUGACCCAUCAGGCUGCCUACAAAUAGCAUGCAGUCCAACACAGAAAUAAUUUUUACAAUGUGAGGGAGGCUGUCAAGACGAGCAGACACGGUGAGCGUGUCUCACUGCACAGGACAGAAAGUGAAGCUGUGUUGGAGGCCUCAUUGGUACAUGGUAUUUAUUGUCAUUUAUCAGAACAGACUUAGUAGAAAGGAGUGUAAUAUUCUUGAAUAUGUUUAGAUUAGUAUCUUAUUUCCUCAAUUUAAAACUGUGUUUCAUUUAAAUUAAUGUCUACUAAGGAGCAGGUCCCCUUUCAUGAACCUGCCUUGUCAGGUUCAGGUUACUUUAUUAGUACAUGGAGAUAGAUUUGUUUUGUUGCAAAGUGAUGACAUCUUAGCCUGACCUCCAAUUCCAAAACCAUAACAUGAAACAGCCCUAAAAAAAAAUCAAAACUCAAAUUGUAAAAGUAUACUAAAUCAGGAUUUUAAAACAAAGACUCUAGCUCCACCACUUGGAAAAAAAAAAGAGAGAAAUUAUAACAGUAAAUGAGAAAUGUAAAUAAAUGUAACUUAGAUAAAUGAGUAGAUCAUUCCUGCAGGAAAAAGUGAGGUAAAAAGGAUUAUAAAGAAAUGUUUAUGUUAGGUGUGUCUCAUUUUAACUUGUUCAGCUCAGUGGUAGAAGCAAGAACAAAGCUUCUCUUGUACUGUUUUCUUCCAAACUUUUGAGCUACAAAUCUUUGUCCAAAUCUAAUAACUUAUCAAUUCACUGUGCAAAGGAUGGUAGUCAUUGUUUUAAAUGUAUACAGUAGCACAAACUAGCAUUGCAAGCAUUUUUUAUAUUUAACAUCAAAUGCAUUGGGAGGGAGAAGAACACAAAGAAUUUGUAAUAAUAGAUGUUUUUGAUGGUAAAAACUUGACAAAAAAAUGGUCGGACUUAAACAUCACAGGAGCCUCUUUCCUUUAAGGACCAUCACUUUGUAGCUAAAGCUCAAAUUAUAGAAAGUGUUUCUUCCGUGUUCCUGGUUAAACUAUCUUACGAGGCUUAAUUUAAGUCACUUUCCUCAAACAAGUCCAAAAAAUGAUAGAUUUCAAGAAAUUACAUGCUAAAAGUAGGUCCUGUAAAUGUCUGUAAAUAUGCUAGAAAAUUUUCAGGACUGCUGAGAUUGUGAGAGAAAGGCCCCUCAGUCUUCAUUUGCAGUAAAUUAUUAUGGUUGCGAUGUGUGUGAACGCUAUCAUCUAACAGUAAAAUAAGGCAUGGAUUUGGCAGUAGCUAAAGGAAAACAGCUCUAAAAAUGACUCCAGGAAGAAGCUAUUAAACCACCAUGAACUUUAUCUCGAGUCCCAAGCUCUGUCACACGAGGCUGCACAGCUUCCUCCAGGGUCCUCCAGGUCUGCAGAGUUUAUGCAGGAGAACCUGGCCGGCUACCUACGAGGAUGCUAAAACUGAGUUGCACGUCUUUACUUUGACAUAUGCACAUGGAAAAACCCUGAUGCAGUCUGAGUCAAAGGGAGAAUGUCACAAGAAUAGAUCUCGUCAUGAACUGUCACCUAUUAGCCGAGGUCAGCCAAUUGUUUCAGAGCAGCAACCUGCUCUGCCCCUCACCAGGAGCUGACUUCAUCUGUGUUAGGGGUCACACAGGCUUCAAUUCAAAGAUAGGAAGUAAAUGUUCCAGCUGUGCAGGAAGAGACACAACUGAUGGAGCUACAGACUGUCCUCAGGGACCUGAAUCUAUGUUCCUAAAGUUUCCUCAGUGAAAGAAUUUCCCAAGUGAUGAAAUUAAAAGCUGAAUCAAAGGCUACUGAUAUGAUUUUUACUGGAAUUAUAUUUGUUUUCACAUCUCCAAGCCGAAUCAACACCACAAUACCACCAGGAACUAUAGUGGCCACAACAUUAAGAAACUUUUCGGUGACUCUUUACAAUAACUAUAAUUUAUAAAUGGUAAAUAGUUAGUUUAUUAAUGUUUAAUCAUCAUUUAAAAACAUCUAAUAGACCAAUUAUAAAUGGCAAAUAGAUAGUUUAUAAAUAUAAGUUCAUUGUUACUUUACCAUUAACAAGCAAUGAAAUUAUGAUUAAUAAUUUUCAUUGAUUAUCAAUUAUUAAAGGUUUAUGUAGGGUUUCAAUAUUGGUUGUAAAACAUCUAGAUUAAAAUGUGUCAGUAGCACUUUGUAAAUGGUUAAUAUUUGUUUUUUAAACAUCUAUAAAUAUUACUUAGAUGGUUAUUGUAAAGUUACAACUGAUGUUUGUAAUACUUUGCAAAUGAUUUAUAAGUGGUUUAUAAACCACCUAUAAACAUUACUUAGAUGAUUAUUGUAAAGUUACAGUUAGGGUUAGGUUUUUAAAAUUGUAAAAUUGACAAUUUAUUAAUAUGCUAUUUAUAAAUGAUGAUUAAACAUUAAUAAACUAUCUGCUUACCAUUAAUAAAUGGUCUAUAUACCAUUUAUAAGUUGUGGUUAUUGUAAAGUGUUACCAACUUUUCCACAGGAAAUAUGCAACAGAUUUGCCCACAAAGCUAUCCUCAGGAUAGAAAACAUCAGGGUUUGCAAGGGUUAUUUAUAACAAGCCACGAGAACUGGGGUCGGCAACUAAUGGCCCACAGGCCAAAUCAGGCCUGCCAAAUAUGAAAUCUGGCCUGUGAAAGCAUUUUGAUAAUGACUUUAAUUCAUUGAUUUUUCCUAACAAAAACUGUCACUGACAAAGUGGCUUUAGUAAAAAGUGAUGAACAACGCAAAAAUGUGAAAUGUGAAAACUGGCAUUUCCCCUCAGCCACGAUUUUUUUGAAUGUCUGGGGAUAUGUUUGUCACUUUAAUCUGAAGGCAGUACUCCAGGCAGUUCCUCACAAGCUUGACUCGCAUGUGUACGUGGAAGGGAACAUUGUGAGCAAAUAAAAUGGCAGGGCUUUGAUUGUGCUGUACUCCCCAAAGCAUGCCAUCCAAAAAGUGCUCACAGUCGCUGCACUUUGGAGCACAUCACUGACCAGGGCGCUUGUUUGAAAAUCAGUAACUGCAUCUGAAAUGCAAUGGUAUAAAUGAUUUUAAUUAAUUACCCUAGAAAUGUUAAUUUCAUUUACUUGGUUACUGUUUUUGUUUUAUUGCUGGUAAAUCAAAGUUAUUAUAUGUGCAAGGUUUUUCUUGGGUCCAGUAGUGGCUCUAUGGUCAGUGUUACCUACAUUGUGCAAAAACUCAGUAAGCUGUAUGGUCCGGAUUUAAGGAGAGGCUCAAGGCUCAUAAUCAGGUUUCUACAUUCAUUCGAGAAAUCAUUUAACCCCGGUUAAUAUAGUUGUAUGAGCUCUUGUAAUAGUUGCAUUCUCAGUUACAGUCUGACACCCGUGUGUCUCCUGUCUUCCAGGACGCCAUCAACAAUGUGAAGGCUCGUUUGGGGAAGAGUGUUCAGAUCCAGACGGUGCUGCGGGCGUUCGAGGCUCGGGACAGAAACCUCCAGGAGAGUAACUUUGACCGGGUGAACUUCUGGUCGGUGAUAAACCUGAUCGUCAUGAUGUUGGUAUCCGGGGUUCAGGUGUACCUGGUCCGCUCACUGUUUGAUGAUAAGAGGAAAAUCCGCACAUAACACCCCCUGACAAACAGACAGAGAGAGAGAACAGGAACGUUUGGGGGAGUUUUUCUGCAGACUUUUAACAUGUAAUGUCAUACACAUUCACACACACACACACACACACACACACACACACACGCACACACAUUCAGACAUCCUUUGACAAAAUCACCUCUGUUAAAGCUCUGACCUUCAGUGCACUGGAGUCAAAGGGACACUGGGAGUCUCUGAUCUGGAACAGGGACUUAAAACUGUCUCUUCUUCAAACUCAGUCUCUUCGUCUCUCUCUUUUUCUUGUGUUUUAUGGUCUUCCUCAGCUGCUGUAACUCUUCCCAGACAGUGGCAAACAAACACGUUUAUGAUGUUACUAUUUUUCUACCGUUGCGCUGCCAAAAUGUCCCCUUUUUUCUUGGACAUGUUUUUAUUUGAGCUGAACUCGAUGAAGUAAUGGGACGUCUGAAGAAUUUAUGUCUGCCAAACUGGAGUGGGGAUCAGUUUUUGGGGGGUACUUUCCUCUUAAAGUGUUCCUUUGUGCGUGAUGAAGAAGCCUUAUUCAUUUUUUUUGUCAGUCUGUGAGGCCUUUGAAUAUUACCCUGUUGCCAUUGUUUGUUGUUUGUAAAGACUUUAAAUUUUUUACAGAAAUCGAAACCAGAAACAGAAACACCUCCAACGACACCAAAAAAGUAUUCUAGUCAACAUAAAGCUUCUUUUUCCUGUCAAAACCCAACAUUUUCUUCAUCCAACUCAUUUUUUAAGGGGUCAGUAUGUUUUCAUCACACAUUUGAAAUAGAUAUCUGUGUUAAGUUUUGUGUUAAAAUCACUUAAAAAUUCUAAAAAUUGAACUUUGAAACCUUAACGCUCUUCGGAGGACAGGAACCCAGCAUCAGCCUCUUUGCUAACAGCCUCAGUGUGCUUACCUGUGCAUCAGGUCAGCUGAUCCUCUAACUUAUAUCUCUAAAAUUGAUGCACUAAAAAAGGAAAAUUCCCCUCCCAUGUGUGUAAAGAGAGAAAUGAGCCACUCUGAUCAACAGUAUUUUUUGAACCAGGCUGUAAACAUGUAUCUCUGUUGUAAAGAUGGGCUCUUUUAAAUAAGUGUGUAUAUGGGGUCCGGUGCUUUUGCAAUCAGCGUCUGGAGGACUCUUGAGGAACUGCUGUUUCUGGCACUUCUGCGUCAGUUUUAAUUCGAAGAUUAAAGGUUGCCACGUGGUCAAGUUGCUGUGACCUUUGCGAAGCAUCUGCAACAUUCAUCUGCUGCUGAAUUUACCAAGCAGCUGCUACGUAUGCCUUGCUGAUGCUACAUGUAGCUUUCUGCUGCAACUUGAGCUAAGCCUCUGUUUUAUUUGCUAAGUGGUUGAUAAUUUAGCCCAAGUGCUAAUACACUGAUCAAACUCUUGCUGAGUCAGACCGAUAGCUGCUUACCCUAGCGAAGUUGCUGCAACAUAAACUUAAAAACCUGGCUAUGUUUUUGCCAUGGUAGCUACCUGUUGAGUUUAUUAAUCAAGGGACUGCUACAUUAGCCAACCAUUUGAACUGGCAGCUGCUGCAGCAUUUACAAAAUAGAAGCAACAUUUAAGCCUUGCGGACUCUAUUUUGGCCAAGUAGCUGCUGCGUAAGGCUAGCCGAUGCUCUGUACAGGCUUUUGCUGCAACUUAAGCAGAGGGUUCCCUUCAUUAGCCGAGUAGCUGCUAAUUUAUCCAAGCUAACCAAGUGAGACAAACAACUGCUACAUUGGUUGCUGCUAAAUGAACCUUGAGUCAGCCAACUAUAGAGACCAGCAGCUGCAUCAAUAUUUACAAAGCAGCUGCCACAUUAGCGUAGCUGUUGCCACUUUAACCUUGCUGCUGCUAAGUUGGCCAGGCUGGUCAAGCACCAACUAUCUGAGCUGAUCUACUGCUAUGUUAGCCUUGCUGUUGCUGGUGACAGCUAAGCUGCUUCCUUGUUAGCCUAGCAGAUACUUUGUUGGCCUAGCUGCUUUCAUUUGGGAUGUCCUGAUCGGGUAAAAAAAAAAAAAAAAAAUUGGCAUUGAUCAGUUACUCCAGAUUCAGAUUGGGACAUUUGGCAAGCUGUUACUAAGUUAGCCAAGCUUAGUUUAGCUUUAGUAGAUGCUAAGUUUAUCUUUUGGUUUAGGAUUUUUCGUGUUUUUCGCCAGGCCAUUCAACGGUGAUAGUAGUUAAAUCCACACUGGGAUACAAACAUCCAUUAAACAAUAAAUACUUUUUCUUUUGCAUCUGAGUGCCAGAGAGGUGCUUUGUAUGUGGAAGUAUUUAGGUUGAGGUAUGAGAGUCUCAAAGGAUGAAAUGAUGUCAGAACAUUUUCAGAAACGGGUCACAGUUCCUUUUAACCACUCAAACUGAGGAGUCAGGUGUUUUUUAGAUACAGCUAACAGGUCUUAAGAAGCUAACUAUGCUAAAGAUGCUAAUACUGAAAGGACUCUGAAGUAGAAGAAUUACAAACUUCCUCCCCGCUCUCCUCUGCCAUGACUGCCGGCCUCAUGGCUUUAACGACAGCCAGCUCCACCGCCUUCUGCUGAGUGGGAAUCAGAGGGUCAAGGGGUUUCAGGGUGGGGGGUGUCCUCUUUCAGCCACCUACUGUGUGAUAGCUGCCGGUCUCUCUGGUGACAUGGGUCUAUUUCUAUCCUCCUGACACCUGGAAGGUCAUUACCACUGCUGCGUGUGAGCCGUUGACUAACUCUUGUCUGUUUAAACGUUUGUGUUUCUGCUUUUAUGACCAUCAUACAAGCUGACAUGAGAUCUUUUCACUGCCUCUGGAGCCACAGAAUAACACCUGCCGUCAUUUUUCUCAGACCACAGUGUAAAGCAUUUUUAUCCACAUUUUGUCCUGAUGUUUGAAUGCAGUCAUUUUAUUGUUUACAGUCACAUCCAUCUUCAGAUCCACCUCCCUGUACUGAUCCACCUCCUCCUGUACUGUAAUACAAAGACACAGUGAGUCUACUUCAUCAGGUUAUAACAUCAUUAUGAAGCAGUUUUUCUGUGUAUUUAGCCUCUACAGAAACAAACAGGAUCAUUGUUUGCCUCGUCUUCUGUCUCAGUUUAAGUGCCAUAGUCUGUCUUUUGUCCAUGUUUAACCCAUUGUGUUAUUUGAUUUCUAAUUUAAAAGUCCUAAAAGUGAUAUAUAAAAACAAAGGUCAGACAAUAUUUUUAAGUAUUUCUACAUUCAUGAGAAAGAAACUGUUACUGAGUGUGUUAAAAUGAUUUAUACUCAUCUACAGCAGAGAAAAACGUGACUUUAUGAGGUAUUUAUUCAACCUAUGUCCUGUAGUCCCCAUGUGUACAAAUAAAAAAAUUAUGUUUUCUGA